UGGACGCUGUUCCAAAUAAAUAGAUUAUGUACAUUAUAGAAGGAGCCAAAAUUUGAGUUCAAAAACUGUCCGUUAAAGAUCACCAAACUUUGCCUCUUCAGUCUUCCCCAACCUGCACGCUGCUAUUACCUAGGGUUUUGAGGUGGUCGUUCACUUUCUGCAAAUACAAGCCUCACAUACCACUUACUGCACAGAAACCACCAUGAAUGUACCAACUAAUAGCUACGAACCCAUGCUGAGGGAGUCAAUCAAUCACUUCUUGGCUUCUUACCGGAAUGGUUGCUCCAAUUUCUCAGCUUUUGAGUCGAUUUUCUUCCGAUUGGUCCAGACAAUGCCCGAUCCACCUCUCGAAAUCACCUGGUUCUACUCUGCCAUGACUUUUCACAGUUCAAGAAAAUCAACUCUCCUAAACCCUCUUACCAAAGCCCUUGUUGCUAAAGACUUGCUUCAGUUGCUAAUUUCGUGCUCAAAGUCGAGUUAUGGGACCAAAAAGAUAGCAUUGCUCGCACCAGUUUUGUAUGCAUUAUAUGAUGCAGUUUGUGAAUUUUCUAACGAUGGGCUCAGUUUCAUGGGUGAAGUUGAGACUAUAGUGGAAAAAAUGGUUAAUUACAUUUGUUUAUGUUGUGAUGAUCUUGAAAUUUAUAAUGAAUGUGGUGAUUUGGUAAUUUGUUUUGAGGAUUUGGUAGGAGUUUGGACUCUUGAUCGGGUUGAUAAGUGUAGUAAUGUUGAGAAUAUGGCAGCGCUUUUUCCGUUUCUGAAUAGUGGGCUUUGCCGUUGGGUUAAUAAUCAAAGAUUCUCGAUCAGAAAUUUAGCCGGGGUAGUUAUGUUUCAGGUGUUCUUUUUGAGUUUGAGCUUGAAGUUUCAAGUGGGGUUUUCGCAAGGGGAGUUGCAACGUGAUACACUAAAUUGGGCAGUUCAGACUAUGAAAAGGUUUCAGAACUCCUACUUUCUAGAUUUGCUUCUCAGGGUGUUGUUGGAUCCCAGUAUGCCAGUGACAACUAUUUUGAAAUUGGACAAUGCAAGCCUUCUACAGAAAGUAGUUUACGAUGCAGUGAUACUGGUUGAUUAUUCGUUUCUGAAUUCUGGUAGAUGGAAUCAAAUACUUAACAACCAUUUAAAUGAGUUAGCUCUAGUAUGGACACUUGUUGCUGAUGUUGCAAUACAUUUUGCUAGGGACAUGAGAGAUGAAGCAAGGGCCGAAUCUUAUGCUACUGCUUUCUCUGAAUCUCAGCUACCGCCUCAAUUAAUUAAAUGGGUUACUGACCAAGUAUACACAGAACAGAACUCAAGUUUACCAAAAUUUCCCAUGCCAAAAGCUCUUAUCAAGUGGUUAUUACUCAUUGAGGAUAAAGGGCAUCUAGUCUUCAGUGAGAAUGAAUUGAAGAGACAUGCCAGAGCAGCAAUUUGCAAGCCAAUGAUGGUGCAUGGGCUUCCAGAAUGCAAAUCAGACUCUGAAUACUCUACAGAGAACCUUUGUGGUAAGGAGCCAAGGCAAAGCCAAGCCAGUGGGGAUGAAGAGAUGGUUGACCUGUUGGACAAUUCAUUUCCUGCUGCAACCUUUUGCCUUGAAAUUAAUGACAACGUGAGUAAUGGGGGCAGAAAACACAAAAGAGGGGUGAGCGAUGUAAGAGAAAGGCGGCUCAAGCUUGUCAAGUAUAAUGUCUAUGAAACCUCAAAUGGUGAGAGACUAUUGCCUUUCUCUGAUGAAGAUAGGGAAGUUAUGGGAUGAUAAGAUGCAUACCAUUUUUAUUGUGUAUCCGAAGCACCAAAGUGCAAACCAUAGCAUUAGAAGGUUAAUGUAGUUCUCUCUUAAUUGGAGUAUAGGUGCAUAUUUGUAAGCACUCAAAAAUUAGGAUGUAGAAUGUAUGUUUUGGAAUAACUUGUACUUUAGUUCAUGUAAUAUUAAUAACACUACCUUUAUCAUUUUAUCCCACUACUUUUAUCAAAUU